CGGAGAACAAUGUUUAAUGCUAACGAACUGUUACUAUAGACAAGACACGCCCCCGGGGGCGGGGCAUAUACACUCUACAGAGCAUUUAAUUGGACUAUCACCAGAUUAGUAUACUAGGAUGGAUGAGUCAUCAAAAAAGUCAUCAUCCUACACUCCUUAUAUUCUUUUUUCCGUUUUCCUACAUCUAUCCAUCCAUUCUGUCCUUUCCAGUUUUUCUUUCAUCGCACUUGGUCCUACUAUUCUUUCUUUUUCUUUAUUGUUUUAUACUUUAUUUAUUGCUAUCUGCUUUUCUCCUUUAUUUCUUCUUUAAAUGUUGUAAAUUUAUACAGCAUUCAAACACAAAUGUUUACAGGAGGUUUUACACACAAACAGCCCAGUCGUGUAGCGUUCACACACGCUUUAUUUCAGCAUGUUUAAAUGGGGAAUGUUGUGUUAGCGGUGGAUGCUAAGUGUAAUUUCAGUGUAAAUUUAUUAGCUCUGAGUCUUUUCUUAGAAAUUCAUCAACAUAUCUGAGGUAAAUGUUGAGGUUCCGGAUGUUUCUGUGCCGUUUUCGCUCUCGCUGUGUCCACACUUAUCGCCUGGAUGUUAGCUAGACAAAUUAUUAGCCUUAUUCCUUUAUGUUCAGUGUCAACAUUUCCUAGUUGCUUAGCAACAGUAUUCUCAUGAUAGUAUUCAACUGAAGUUUGGUUAGCGGUCGAUGCUAAGUGUAACAGUGCAAUUUUAGUCUGAGCUGCAGGACAGAGAGUGAUUUGGGACACAACCUUCACAGAUCUGAACAUAAAGUGAACACCACGCUGUUUAUCUAAAUGAAACACAGCCGGGGAUCAGAGACACUCAUAAUCUACUGGAACUCACACACCAGUGUGUUUCUCUCUCUCUCUCUCUCAGUCUUUCUGUCAUCCUCUUUCUCUGUCUCACUUUCACUCUUCCUUACUGUCUCUCUCUUUAUUUCUAUCUCAUCUCUCUCUCUAUCCCUGUCUCUCUCUCUUCCUUGCUGUCUCUCUCUCUCUCUCUAUCCCUGUCUCUCUCUCUUCCUUACUGUCUCUCUCUUUAUUUCUAUCUCAUCUCUCUCUCUAUCCCUGUCUCUCUCUCUUCCUUGCUGUCUCUCUCUCUCUCUCUAUCCCUGUCUCUCUCUCUUCCUUGCUGUCUCUCUCUCUGUCUCUCUAUCCCUGUCUCUCUCUCUUCCUUGCUAUCUCUCUCUGUCUCUCUAUCCCUGUCUCUCUCUUCCUUGCUGUCUCUCUAUCCCUGUUUCUCUGUCUCUCUCUUUCUUUCUUUCUUUCUUGCUGUCUCUCUCUGUCUAUAUCUUUAUUUCUUUCCUCUUCUUUCUCUGUCUCAAGUCAAAAUCUAUCUCCUCUCUCAUACUCUCUUUUUAUUCAUCGUUGUCUCAGUCUUCCUUUCCGCUUUUAUCCAUUUCUUUCCUAUACGUCUCUUUUCAUCUCCUGUUUCAUCUCUCUAUUAUCUGUCUAAAUCUCUUUCUGUUUAUCUCUCUCUAUCUUUCUUUCCUUAUGUCUCUCUCUCUCUCCCUCUCUGUCCUUUUCUGUUCUCAAAUUCCCCAUUCCGUGUGUGUGUGUGUGUGUGUGUGUGUGUGUGUGUGUGAUGGAUGGGCCGUCCUGUACAGGGAGCGAGACCCUGUGCUCACGGCUCGUUUAGCCUCCGCUACGCUCACUCGCUCAUCCUACUCUCUCUCUCUCUCUCUCUCUCACACACAGACACACACAUGGGGAUAAGUGUAGAGAUUCAGUCACUGGCCUUCUGCUGCUACGAGGUGAAAGUGGAGGAAGUAGCGAUGUUAGCAUGGCGAGAGAGACUCACACCCAGGAGGAUGAAGUGAAAAAUGUGGAAUAAUUCAUCGUGUGUAUAAACAGAGAUGAAAAUAAAAUAAUUUAAACAAAAACUACUAAA